AAAAGAAAAGAAAUAGAGGAGAAGGCGACAGGUCAAAGGGGGUGAAACCUAGCACGAGAAUCGCACGGGGCCAAAUCUAUAAAACGACGAAAGGGCAUUGGUGUUGAGGGAGGUUUUGGGGCAGUGAAGGGAGAAGGGUUGUCAUCAUAUGAGUUUGCAGUUGGAUUGUAUUUUGGGACAACGAUUUCUUCGAUAGUUCGUUUUUGGUUUUCUUAUUUUCUCAUCUUUGUCAGUUGAGAAUAGACAGUCUGGUGCAUCUCUGCGUUUUUUCUUACCCGCCUCGAUCAUUUUAUUCUCCGUCAACCCACAUUUGCAUCCCCUCUACCACCUCGGUUUCUCCGUUGCCGGAGGAUCUUCAUUUGCUUAUUUAUAUUUGCUUAAAGAAUGGUUGCCAUUGCAUUUCAUCAAACCAUUGGGACCCUGCAUUCUCAAGGAUUUCUCAAUAACUCUGGUUUUCACCAUGAGUUUGGGAAUGCUUCUGUGAAAUUGAUUCCAAGGGGUUCCAAAGUCAAUGUUGGAUUAUUGAAAAGAGGAAGUUGCAAUUCUGGCAAGAGAAGUUUUGCUGUAAUUCAAGCCUCAACUGCUCAUACAUCAGUAUCCGGUCCAGUGUCAUCACCCUCAAGUAACAGCACUAAUGGGUCACCAAAGAAAUCAAAUGAAAUUGCUUUGAUCCUAAUCCGACACGGUGAGUCUUUAUGGAAUGAAAAGAACCUGUUCACUGGUUGUGUUGAUGUGCCCUUAACUAGGAAGGGUGUAGAAGAGGCACUUGAAGCUGGAAUGAGAAUCAGCAACAUUCCCAUUGACAUGAUCUAUACAUCUGCUUUAAUUCGCUCACAGAUGACUGCUAUGCUUGCCAUGACCCAGCACCGUCGUAAGAAGGUGCCAAUCAUUAUGCAUAAUGAGAGUGAACAGGCAAAAGCAUGGAGUCAAAUUUACAGUGAAGACACCAAAAGGCAAUCCAUACCAGUUAUAGCAGCUUGGCAAUUGAAUGAAAGAAUGUAUGGAGAAUUACAGGGUCUCAAUAAGCAGGAAACUGCAGAUAGAUAUGGAAAGGAGCAGGUUCAUGAGUGGCGUCGUAGUUAUGAUAUACCUCCACCCAAUGGCGAGAGUUUGGAAAUGUGCGCUGAAAGAGCUGUAGCUUAUUUUAGAGAACAUAUUGAACCCCAACUUCUGUCUGGAAAGCACAUAAUGAUUGCUGCCCAUGGGAAUUCACUGAGGUCCAUCAUUAUGUAUCUGGACAAAUUAACUUCUCAAGAGGUUAUUAGCUUAGAACUAUCAACAGGAAUUCCCAUGCUUUACAUAUUCAAAGAGGGAAAAUUUAUCAGGAGGGGAAGUCCUAUAGGACCUGCUGAAGCUGGGGUUUAUGCCUACACUAAGAGUUUGGCUCAAUACAGGCAGAAGUUGGAUGAUAUGUUGCAUUAAGAUUUUCAAGUACAGGGCCUUCAGUGCAUUGCAUUCACAAUCUUUCAUACUAUUAGUUCCAUAUUUAGGAGAACAAAGUAGCAGUUGUGCAAGAGCAAGUUGCUUGAAACAUACAAGGAGUUAGGCAGCUGUGUAACGCGUCUAUGUAAUUUUUAUAUGGGUUGAUCAAGGCUAGUUGAAGUACCUGCCAUGUUUGAGGUUAGGCGUAUUAUAGAGACGUGAAAAUCUGUAGACUGAAAUGAUGAAUGUUUUUUUCUUUGCGUUUUGGACUCUAGAUUUUCCUGGUGUAAAUCUUGGAUGAAUUACUGUAUGGCUUUUACCUUGAAUUGAAAAAGGAUUGCCAAAGACACUUUACAUUCUAAACGAUUCAAAAAAUCACUAGUCUAUGGAAUAUUCUUUAGUUUUUUUUUUCCCA